CCUACCAAACAUAAAGAGAAUAUUUUCGUGAUUUCGACAAACACACAAAAAAGGGCAGAACUCAAGCAAAGAAAAGCAAAGUAGUGCAAGGUGUACGAGUAGUCUCGAGCAUGGGGGUGACAAAGGAGCAAGUAGAAUCUUCACUAACUGCAAAGCUCAACCCUUCUCAUCUGGAAGUGAUUGAUAUGUCUGCAGGAUGUGGUGCGAAAUUCUUGGUUGUCAUUGUGACAGAACAAUUUGAAGGAAAAAGACUGCUGGAGAGGCACAGAAUGGUUAAUGGAGCACUGGCUGAAGAGAUGAAGGAAAUCCAUGCUCUAUCUAUUACUAAAGCGCUCACUCCAGAGCAGUGGAAACAACAGCAGGAAUCUGAAAAGUCUCAAGCAGCUGCUUAAACCUUGAUAUAGUUGUCUUUCUCGAUGAAAUACUUGAUGAUUCAACCAUAUGGCUAAUACUCUCUUCUCGUUAUCUAUUGAGGGGUUAACUGUGUUAUAGGUUAAGAAAACUGUCGUGUAUCAUGCUUUGAUUAAACUUGCUGGAUUCGAGACUCUGUGAUACUUUUAACUUUUGAAUAAUGCAAUAACUCUCUGAUUCAA